AAAUGGGCUUGAAACCUGGAGACCAGGACAAGAAAACCAUCCCCGCAAAUAUCAACUUCGCUGCAGAAAUGUUGGAAUGUUUAACUACGGUGAACUCCAGUUUUUCUGCACCAGAGCGUAGUGGAGAAGAUUUUUUUUUUUUUUCAAGUAGGCCAAAUUUUUCUUGAGUCCCCUCCUUCCUUUUUUCUUUCUCUUCUAUUUGUCCCGUCCCCUCGUUUUCGUCUCCGCAGAGUAACUGUUGAGAUGGCCAUUGGGUAGCGGCAGGGUCCAGGAGUCAAUUCCCCUGCCCUGUUCUGGUUGUAGUGGGUGGGACUCAGUCCAGAGUUGGUUUUCCACCAGCAGAUGUCUAUGCCGUUUUCCUACACGUUCCCGAGCUAGAGCGGAGGUCAAAAGCGGACAGCAGCUGGGGAGCCGCCCCCAGCGACCUCCACCUGCGCCCAGAGGGAGCGCCGCCCGCCCGCAGCGCAGCCGAAGGACCCUGAGUGACCUCACCAUGACACUCCCAUCACCAGUAUCCUUGAUCUGAUCGUGGCUUCCAUUAGUCAGUCCCACAUAAGAGGAGCAGCUCACCAGGACGAGAUCCACAGCAGGCUGAGGCCACUGACACCAUGUUCUGUACGAAGCUGAAGGAUCUCAAGAUCACAGGGGAGUGUCCUUUCUCCUUACUGGCACCAGGGCAGGCUCCGAAAGAGCCAGCAGAGGAGGUGGCGGGAAACGCAGAGAGCUGCCUAGCCACCCUGCCCAUCUGUCAGGACGCCCCUGAGAAGAAUGUGCAAGGAAGUCUCCCUCAAAGAAAGACAAGUCGGAGCCGAGUCUACCUUCACACUUUGGCAGAGAGCAUUUGCAAGCUGAUUUUCCCCGAGUUUGAGCGGCUGAACUUUGCACUUCAGCGGACAUUGGCAAAACAUAAAAUCAAAGAAAGCAGAAAAUCUGUGGAAAGAGAAGACUUUGAAAAAAUAAUUGCAGACGAAGCGCUUGCAGCAGGAGUUCCAGUGGAGAGCAUCAGAGCAUCUCUCGGUGAAGAGAUUUUUAAAAUAUGUUAUGAGGAAGAUGAACACAUCCUGGGUGUAGUGGGAGGAACCCUCAAAGAUUUCUUAAAUAGCUUCAGCACCCUCCUGAAGCAGAGCAGCCACUGCCAAGAAGCAGAGAAGAAAGGCAGGCGGGAGGCUGCCUCCAUUCUCUGUCUGGAUAAGGACCACGAUUUCUUAAACGUUUACUAUUUCUUUCCGAAGAAGAUCACGUCCCUGAUUCUUCCGGGCAUCAUUAAGGCAGCUGCUCACAUCCUGUACGAAACCGAAGUGGAAGUGUCAUUAAUGCCUUCCUGCUUCCAUAACGAUGGCAGUGAGUUUGUUAAUCAGCCCUAUUUGUUGUACUCCGUUCAUGUCACAAGCACCAAACCAUCCCUGUCCCCGGGCAAACCCCAGUCCUCACUGGUCAUUCCUGCUUCUCUCUUCUGUAAGACAUUCCCGUUCCAUUUCAUGUUUGACAAAGACAUGACAAUUCUGCAAUUUGGCAAUGGCAUCAGGAGGCUGAUGAACAGGCGAGACUUUCAAGGAAAGCCUAAUUUUGAAGAGUACUUUGAUAUUCUCACUCCAAAAGUCAACCAAACGUUUAGCGGAAUCAUGACUAUGUUGAAUUUGCAAUUUGUGGUCCGAGUGAGGAGAUGGGACAACUCUGUGAAGAAAUCUUCAAGGGUUAUGGACCUCAAAGGCCAAAUGAUCUACAUCAUUGAAUCCAAUGCGAUCUUGUUCUUGGGGUCACCCUGCGUGGACAGGUUAGAAGAUUUUACAGGACGAGGGCUCUACCUCUCAGACAUCCCAAUUCACAAUGCGCUGAGGGAUGUGGUCUUGAUCGGAGAACAGGCCAGAGCUCAAGAUGGCCUGAAGAAGAGGCUGGGGAAACUGAAGGCCACGCUGGAGCAAGCCCACCACGCCCUGGAGGAGGAGAAGAAGAAGACAGUGGAUCUCCUGUGCUCUAUAUUUCCCUCUGAGGUGGCGCAGCAGCUGUGGCAAGGGCAGGUCGUGCAAGCCAAGAAGUUCAACAACGUCACCAUGCUGUUCUCAGACAUUGUUGGGUUCACUGCCAUCUGCUCCCAGUGCUCGCCGCUGCAGGUCAUCACCAUGCUCAAUGCGCUCUACACCCGGUUUGACCAGCAGUGCGGAGAGCUGGAUGUCUACAAGGUGGAGACCAUUGGCGAUGCGUAUUGUGUGGCUGGGGGAUUACACAAAGAAAGUGAUACCCAUGCUGUUCAGAUAGCACUGAUGGCCCUCAAGAUGAUGGAGCUCUCUGAUGAAGUCAUGUCUCCCCAUGGAGAACCUAUCAAGAUGCGAAUUGGACUGCAUUCUGGGUCGGUUUUUGCUGGAGUUGUUGGAGUUAAGAUGCCCCGUUACUGUCUUUUUGGAAACAAUGUCACCUUGGCUAACAAAUUUGAGUCCUGCAGUGUACCACGGAAAAUCAACGUCAGCCCAACAACCUACAGAUUACUCAAGGACUGUCCAGGUUUUGUCUUUACCCCUCGAUCAAGGGAGGAACUUCCACCAAACUUCCCCAGUGAAAUUCCGGGAAUCUGUCAUUUUCUGGAAGCUUAUCAACAAGCAACAAAUUCAAAACCAUGGUUCCAAAAGAAAAAUGUUGAAGAUGGCAAUGCCAAUUUUUUAGGCAAAGCAUCAGGAAUAGAUUAGCAAAAUAUGUCCCUGAUUAUUAGUCUUUGGGGUUUGAUUCCUUUGAGAAUGUGUGGAAUCUCUGAGAGCACUUUAGGAUGCAGAUGGAUAAAAGCAGUAUUAAAAUUUCAGGAGCUCACGAUCUACUUAUUCUUCCACUUAACAUGACAAACAUGUAUUCACUUCAAUACUUCAGCUCUUCAGUGAAAAUAAAAAAAAGAAACCUUGAAAAGUGACCUCUGGGGGAGAUUUCUGUUAUAUAUCACUUAUUAUCUGUACUCAAAAUUUAGCACAUUGUACAUAUAUCAGGUAAUUGUAGCAACCUAUACAAUGUGAUGGAGUCACUUGCAAUCUUGUGUCCUGGUGGAAUGCUAUGGUUAUUAGAGUGUGUUUGUGAUAGCAUUGCCUUACAAAAGCUUUUGAACAGAAAUUAUAGUCUUCAAUACCAUAAGCUCUUGGAACUUUUCAACUCUGAAUUUUAUUACAUUUUCUCAUUUAAUUUUUAGUUUAUAUAACAAAGUAGAUUGAGGUUUUUCUCUGUUGCACUUUUCUUUUUUUAUUUUUAAGGAAAUAAGCAAUUCUGGGUUAGAUGCAAUAUGAAUAUAAAAUAGGUCUUCUGUAAAUAUCAAAGAUUAUUUUAUAAAAAUAUUCUCCACCACAUAAUGUGUCAUUAACAAUAAAUGUUUCCUUUUGUUUGACAUUUUUUAUUCCAUAUAUGGUAAAGGCUGUUUUAAUUCAUAUUAGCAUUUUCAUUCUUAUCCAUUCAUUUCUAUUUUACAGUAUUCAGUAUAAAAGAGGCUGAUAGCCUAUAUUAAAAUGCAAUAUCAUUCUGAUUUAAUUUAACCAGAAGCAACAUGGGAGUAUAGUAAGCAUUUAGGGAACAAACUAUAAAAUACAGAAAAAAGAUAUUCACAACAUGCAUACAUUCACCCACCCCACUCACAACACACAGAGGAAUGUGGCUCUAUUUCAGCAGACAUGCUCUAUUGCCAUGCUGAGCCAUGUAAAGUUCCAAUAAGAAAAUUUAAGUUCACAAGUGGGAAAUAAGACUUGUUCUUUUUCUGACUGUAUUUUUAAAUACUUGUGUUGAAUAAUUUAGUGUGUGUAUAUUUCCUAAGAAUCAUGAGGGUUUUUUUUGUUUUGUUUUAUUUUGUUUUUGGUCUCAUUAAGUACACAUCUGUGAAUAUUUUAUUCUAGUGGAAAUAUCUCAAUGAUAUUCUUUAAAUAGAAUGUUAGUGUUGAUGAAGAAAAUUAUGCUGUGAUUUUAUUAUGGAAAAUUUUAAACAUUUUUUUCUGGAGCUUGAACUUUAAUUUUUAAUGAUGUUAGUCUAAGAUCUCUGGUGAACUGAACCUAAAUAGGGCUUUGAUUUUAAAAGAGCUCAACUUCAAAGCAAGAGAAAAAUGAUCAUUAUAAUUUUUAAAUCACUACUAGCAUAGCCAUAGAUACACUGAACUCUUAUUUGGGGUUCUAAAAAAUAAUUCAAUUUAAAAAUUAUUUAAUUAUCUUCACUAGUUCCCAGUCUACCCCAUAGUAACCUCAGGAAUGAAAAGUAAUUACUGAUUGGCCUUUAGUAUCCCAUGUGUACCACUAUAGAUAUUACAAUGAUUAUUAUUUACUGAUUCCCCAAUAUUUUAAAGGACUAAAUGUGUCUCAUUAAAUACCAAUCUUAUUGUUAUAGGUGUUGGGAAAAUAUAGUUACAAUCUUACAAUUAUAUGAAGUUAAUAAAAAUACAUAAAAGGAAAAUAAAGACAAAUACAUUUUUCCAUCUGUAAUGCAAUCCUUAGUAUAGGGAAAAUAAUAGGAAUUAAAGGAAAUUUAAAGGCAUACAAUAAAAUGUCACCUUUAUAAAAAUAUUUAAGUAGACCCUAAUUUGUUAGUUUGUUUUCUUAAGUUUUUAAGCUAAUUAGAAUUCAAAAAUAUUUUUUCUGUGUGUGUUUGUAAUGUGUGUGAGUUCACCCCAAAACCCAUAGAGGAAAAUAUAAUCUCAGUAAAAGCUAUCUGAGAAUUCCUUGUACUAUUCCUACAACCUUUCUAUAAGUUUGAUAUUUCAUCCAAAAAAAGUCAGCAAACAUGUAUUUUCCCAGACAAAUGAAAUAAUCUGUGAUAGGUUCCCCAGGCCAGCCUAUAAAGGCUCAUUAAUUAUGGAAUACUUUGUGGACCUUAAGCAACAUGAACAUACAACAUUUCCAUGAUAGAAUGCAUUCAAAGUCCAUAACGGGGUGCUAAAAACUUGAAGGAAUUUCCUUUCCCUUUCUAUUCAAUUUGGAGGAUAGAAGUUAUGGAUACAUUUCCAGAUCCAGACCACUGAUGGUAGCCAGGAGCAGAGAAUCUGGAAGGUAUGUUCUCAAGGAAACAGAGACCAAAAUAGGAGCUCUGUUUUAGGACUGGAAUUGAGGAUGGAGAAAAGAAUGGACAGAGAGGGCCUAUGACAGGGUGGGGGGCUAAGAGUUCGGAAUCUUUUUUAAAAAAAAUAUAUAUUUUAUUGAUUUUUUACAGAGAGGAAGGGAGAGGGAUAGAGAGUUAGAAACAUCAAUGAGAGAGAAACA